AAUCAGCACGUGUUAUUAGAACUGUCUAAUUCUAGAAGACCACUAAGAAGAGGAUAUAAAUUGCCACACUCAAAGAACAACAUACAAUAAUUUCCUUUUGUCUCAAAAAAAUCAUCAACAAAGUGUAUGGAGAGAAACAAAAUUCACCAAACAACAAGCAUUGUUAUAACAAAUUAUGAAGAUGAAGAUGUCACAACGACAGAACAAGAGGAACACACAGAGGUAACAUUAUCCUACAAACAGGCAUCGUUUCCAGGAAAUUUAAAAAAGAAUCUUCAAAAUCGUUAUUGUAGUGAGAAACAAGUGGAUGCUGGAAGUUCUCAAUCGAAUUCACCCUUUCAGGAAUUUGCAUUGAAGGAUUUACCAAGAUAUUCUCCAAGUAGGUUCACAUCUUUAGAAAUUGCUGGAAGUUCUCAAAAUUCACCGUCUCAGGAACUUCGUUUAAAGGAUUUACCAAGAUAUUCUCCAAGUAGGUUCACAUCAUUAGAAACUGCUGGAAGUUCUGAAUCGAAUUCGCCGUCUCAUGAACUUGCAUUGAAUGACUUACAAAGACAUUCUCCAACUAAGUCCAUUAAAACAGCAUCACCAAAAGAUGAUAACAAUGUUAUUAUUGAGUUGGCUGCAAAAGUGCAUGCACAAGAACGUCCAGUUCAGGUUUCUCCUGACUUCCCAAAGAUGCCAUCCAUACAAAAAGGGCAUUAUUCUACUCAAAAACAAGGAUUGGAACUUUUACAUAAAGGAGAAAUAGAAAGCAACCCUAUCGGUAUUUCCUCUCCGAAAUAUUUCAGGUCGGAAAUGACGAUCGGGCCUAAAGAACAGAGCAUUUAUGAAUCUCAAAACACAAAACAGCAACGUCUACAUCAGUAUUCACCAGGCUUUCCUUCCCCAGUAUUCAUAUCCUCUGCAAACUCAUCACUAUUGCGACCGGUUCCAAAGGCAAGUAAUAUUUUUAACUUUGAUAUGCCAUAUGCACGUUUUCAUUUAGAUCGGAAGGUAUCCUCAGCUGUCCCUACGAUGUCUCCGGGAAUUAAUUUAUCAUUUUUACAGAGUCCAAUAAAGCAUAAUCCAAUGUCAGAAAUGAAUCAAUUGUUCGUUUCGCCACUAGGAAUGUCGUCUCUAGGAAUGUAUCCUAGUCAGUCCUUCAAUAGGAGCUUACCUAAGAUACCGAGGCGCUCUGUAUUAGAACAAAAUCAUCAUCAUCGUCGAACCUUGUCCGACUCCGAUGCUUACUCGUGCCCAGUGUGUAAUCAAGUGUUCUUUUCCUAUGAUAGCUUAGCAAAACAUAUGGUUAAACAUCUAGGAACCGAAACUGUGCCACAUGGUGACAACAACAACAAAGGACACUAUUGUUCAGUUUGCAAUAGGUCUUUUUCACGAAGCGACAUGUUGACCCGCCACAUGAGACUUCACACUGGAAUAAAACCGUAUGAAUGCAGUGAUUGUGGACAACAAUUUAGUCGAAGUGAUCACUUAAAAACACACGAACGCACCCACACAGGAGAAAAGCCAUAUCGAUGCAAUUUAUGUCCUUAUACUGCUUGCAGACGGGAUAUGAUCACACGUCAUAUGAGAACGCAUUACAAAAAUGCGGGAAAGCGGGUAAAUAUUCUUUCAGUCCCUGAAAGAGAUGAACAUGUUCGAAACAGUUCAGUUUCAAGUACCGAGACGAUCGAUUCAAAGUGUACAUCAUCUACACGAACGUUUUCACAGUCUAGUUUAGAAAGUGGGGAAUACAAUUAAAAAAAUACUUAAAAUGUGGUUCAAAGAACAACA